AUGUCAUAUCAAAGACUAUUAGAACUCGAGAAGCUGAUUAGUAUUUAUGACAAUGCUUAUCACAACCUCGAUGUUGAACUUAUCUCCGAUGAAGAAUACAACAUUCUUUAUCUGGAAUGGAAAAACUUACUAAAGUUAUUUCCUGACCAUGAAUCGGCCAUUGUUGCAGGGUUUGUCCCGAACUCUGGGAAAUUGGUUCCCAUCAAUGAACCCAUGCUUUCUGUCAAUAAGUUUAAUGACAAAGAGAAGUUUCUCAAGUUAGCUAAACGUUAUGGUAAAUAUACCUACGAAGAGAAACUUGAUGGAGUAGGUGUCAGGGUUCUGUAUAACCCAGAUGGAAGUAUUAAGAUCGCACAUUUACGUGGCGAUGGUCGAGGUGGUAAAGACAUCACAUCUCGUCUUUAUCUGGUGAAAGGUAUUGUUAAGCAAUUACCAAAACCAACUGGUGAAGAAACAGAGGUUACAGGUGAGGUAACCUGUACCGAAGAAGACUUCAAAAACUACUGUACUGAAUACGGGUUGGUUGAUAAAACAGCUCGAAGUGUUGUGUCCGGAUUCCUUCGUCGCGAUGAAGAAGCUGAAGACGAAACAUUACAACUUCAUUUCAUUGCAUUUCACGCCAGUAAAAAUAUUCGUGAUAAAUGCAAAACGUAUCCAAAACUGGUUAAGUGGUUUAAAGACCAUGGGUUCAAUGUACCAAACAAUUUUGAAGAGUUCCCUGAACUCAAGCCAGAAAGUGUAUUCCCUAUUGACGGUGUUGUCAUUAAAGACAAUAAACUGGAGAAUUGGGAUAACCAACCAAUCACUGGUUAUUAUAGUUUUGCGGGAUGUUUUAAAUAUCCAACCGAUGUUGUCCUCACAAAAGUCACCG